AACCAAUCUAUGUAGGAGGAGAAUGACCUUUGAUAUGGCGAAGAAUAUCACCCCUCAUUGAUUUAUCGGUAAAAAGCAGCAGGUGGCGUGUAUGGCAGUAGCAGGAAGGGGUUGGGCCAACGAGACCGGCAUGAGAGUGGAACCUAGAGACUCCGUGAGAGGCCCGAAAACUCAGUCAAGCAGGAUCGAGCUCAGUGUAAAUAUAACCGUGGGAGAGGAAGGGUGUGAGUCGCUGGCUCUUGCGGGAAAAGACAGAGACUUGUGUGCUGACUAAAGCAAUGGGGGACUUUGCACUGAAUCUGGGGCUGAAUUUGAUCCGGGCUGGGGUGUGCAUCUAUGACCUCAUCACCUACCCCUUCUAUGCCGUGGUGCAGCAGCCAUGGAAGGACCGCAGACUCAUGAAGAGAAAAAGGGCUGUGGAGGUGGCUGUCUCAGAAGGUGUCUGCUACCACAACGACGACCCACCACAUGACUUCCAGAUAGAGAUUCGUGAAGCUAAGAUCACCACCUUGGAGGCUGCUAUGUCUUAUGCCUGUAAGAAACACAAGAACAAAAGGGCUGUGGGCACUCGCCAAAUCCUGAGAGAGUCUGAGGAGGUACAGAAGAAUGGCAAGGUGUUUAAGAAGUAUGAGCUUGGUGAAUACUCCUGGUUGACCUACACAGAGAUGGACAAGAUGGCAUGUAACUUUGGCAGGGGCCUCAGGUCUGUUGGCCACCAACCCAAGGAGAACAUUGUCAUCUUUGCUGAGACGCGGAAAGAAUGGCUCAUCUCAGCUAUGGGAUGCUUCAAGCAGAGCAUCCCCCUUUGUACUCUGUAUGCUACUCUGGGAGAUGAGGCAAUAAUACACGGCAUCAAUGAGACAGAGGUGAAGCACAUCAUCACUUCUCAUGAGCUGCUUCCCAAGUUCAAGACAUUGCUGGACAAGUGCCCCAAUGUAACACACAUCACCUACUUCUCAGACCAGCUCAAAGAGACCUCCCUAGAUGGCUACAAGGAUGGUAUCAUCUUUAACUCCUUCGAUAGCAUUAUCAAGAAAGGCGAAAGCAGUACAUUCUCAGAUGAGCCUCCACAUGAAGAGGACACUGCCAUCAUCAUGUACACCUCAGGAUCCACUGGUGCCCCCAAGGGAGUUAUCAUGUCCCACUAUAAUCUUGUCAAUGGUGUUAUUGGUUAUGCAGUUGGAUUGGAUGUCCAGCCUGAUGAUGUCUACCUAGCGUACCUGCCUCUUGCUCACGUGUUGGAACUCAUGGCAGAGUCAAUGAUGAUGAUGUUUGGUGUGCCGAUGGGAUACUCUACACCCCUGACCAUGACGGAUCGGUCCAGCAAGGUGAAGCGGGGAUGCUUGGGUGACUGCACCGUCCUCAAGCCCACUAUGAUGGCUGCUGUGCCUCUUAUCCUGGACAGAAUCUACAAAGGCAUUCUGGACAAAGUUGCUGCUCAGGGACCUUGGUUGGGAAAGCUCUUUGAUUUUGGCUUAGAAUAUAAGUUGAAUUGGAUGCAGCGUGGCUGGAACACUCCCAUAUGUAACUGGUUUGUCUUUAGAAAGGUGAGGGCGUUGUUGGGUGGAAGGCUUCGUAUAAUGGCAGUGGGAGGAGCGCCCCUCUCUCCAGAUACGCACAACUUUGUGAGAGCCAGCCUGGGAGUGCCAGUGCUUCAGGGUUAUGGCUUAACAGAAACCUGUGGAUGUGCCACCUUAAUGGACCAAUAUGACCUAAGUGUGGGCAAGGUGGGUGCCCCGCUGCAGGUGUGCAAUGCCAAGCUGGUCAACUGGGAGGAAGGAAACUACAGGAUCACUGAUAAGCCAUUCCCAAGGGGAGAGAUUGUGAUCGGUGGUGCAAAUGUUGCUGUUGGUUACUACAAGAACCCAAAGAAAACCAAGGAAGACUUCUUUGAGAGUGAUGGACGAAGGUGGUUCAGAACAGGAGACAUUGGAGAAAUUGGAGAAGAUGGUUGCCUGAAAAUCAUUGACCGCAAGAAGGACCUAGUUAAGUUGCAGUUUGGGGAGUAUGUAUCCCUAGGGAAGGUUGAGGCAGAGCUGAAGGUGUGCCCCUCAGUGGAGAAUAUUUGUGUGUAUGGUGACUCCAGCAAGAAUAACAUUGUGGCUAUUAUGUGUCCAAUACAAAAGAAUCUGGAGGAUUUGGGAAGGUCCCUUGGCAAGCUUGACCUGCGGCGGGAGAAGCUGUGUUUAGACGAAGACAUAAACAGGGCUCUCCUGCAGGAAUUGGUGGCCACUGGCAAGAAAGCAAAACUAGAAAAGUUCGAGCUACCAACUGCACUCUUCCUCUCUUCUGAACUUUGGACGCCAGACACUGGUCUUGUCACUGCCGCCUUCAAGCUGAAGCGUAAAAGCAUCCAACUGAAGUAUCAGGAUGCCAUCAAUCGUAUGUACGCCUCUUAGAGCCUCAGUGGAGCCCACUUGUUGGGCUGGGAUGUGACAGCUGCCCCUCAGGAUCGUUGGCGCCUUGCAGGUAAUGACCAGAUGUGGAGUGCAUUUGGUGUACUCUUAAUCAACAGGAAGCUCUGCCAAAAAUGAAAUCUAUAAGUUUAGAUUUAUUGUAACUAGAGUUUUGUAGUUUGCUGUUGGAAAUUAACAAGUAAGACUUUUCUCUCAUUUGCCAAUGUUGUAUAUAUUUCUUUUAUCAGAUUGGUAAAGAGCUGGGCCUUUAUGUCCCAGUUCUGGUUUAAGAACAUUUGUGACUCCUACAAUUUUGGUCUGGGGGCAGGUUAUGACCUUACUUGACGGUAAGGGUAACCUGUAAAAUGUUGUGUUAAUAUUUCUACUGCUUUUAUCACGUCAAUACAGAAAUGGACUGCAUGUUUGGCCUUUGUUUGGCAUCAGUAUUGAUUGUUGUUUCCCAUGUGACACUCGCUGUGUAAAGGAAGAGAACGUUACAAUGCUACAAGUGAUGUUUGUUCCUACUAGAUGUGUUAUGUUUGUGUCAGAGCUCAAGUGUCUUGUUAAGUGUGCAUUUCGGUGUGCCCACUAUUUACUAUCUUCUUGUUUUACGAGUGCUUUCUCUGUCCUCACAAAAGUAAAUGUCAAAGGCAUUAAUGUCCUAGUGUUUUUAUUCCAUUACAGAUGGAAUGAUUUAAAACUUCAUUUGUACAAGUUAUGUUCUGUAGAGGACUAUUGUUUUCAUAGAUUGGAUCCCUAUUUCCUAAAAUAUCAUAAAGGUUAAAAAAAAAACUAUGCUUUAUCAAAUACUGUAGUGUGAUCUUUUAUUUCUCAUUAUGAGUGUUUCUGAAGAGUUCUAUCCAGUUUUGGAUCUUGGUAUACUGGAAAUAAGUAUGGCAAAUUUUUCAUAUAUUUUGGAAACUUACAUUCAUUACUUACUGACAGUAGCCUCUUUUCUGUUCCCUCCUACUUUCUCUAUCCAUUUUCAUUCCAAAGCUUGAUGUUGCAUUUAUGAGUACAAUAGUUUAACUUACUUUUGGGCCCACACCCUUAAAUCUUCCAAGUUUUACAUUCUAAACACCACAAUCUUAUAUCUUAUUGCCAGUAUGGCUUCUAUCUAGGCAGCUCCACUGGAAAUCUUCUGCUCUUCUUAUUGAGUCUUAGUCAUUCUCAAAGAUUUUUGGUGAAACUUUAGUUGUUGCCGUAGAUAUAUCAAAAGCUUUUGAUAGAGUCUGGAACAAGACUUUGGUUUCCAAACUAUCCUCUUGUGGCUUUCUAUUGUCUUGCACAAGAUCAAGUUUUACUCUAAUGAGAAGUAAAAGUUGCCUAUUGCAUUUGUCAUGUUAGAGUUGAACAGUACAAUAAGCGUUAGUCAGAAGGCACUGCAGCACAUUGAAUUCCUCAGGUACUGAAUAGAAAUUGAUACAAUGAAUGUCUUAAAGUAACUUAUUUUCAAGUAAUGUUAUUCAUAGAAUGGUAUACCAGGAAAUGUAUCUGUGAGUAUGUACAGUUUUGUUUGCACCAAGUAACAUUUGAAGAGUUCUUCAGAAUGUAUUUUGAUCAGUUGUUUCACUAGAUAUCGGCUUUCAAAAUGUGUUAUCAUCAAAUAUUUUACUAUAUGUCUGCAGGGAAUCUUAUUGAAUAAUGAACUCCACUAAAUAUUAAGUCCCAUGAAACUGAAAAUACAAGAGCUGUAUUAGUAUGUAUACACUGCCUUUAAAGGUUACAUGACAAUUAUCAAGUAAUUUUUGUGGAAUUAAGGGUUAAUAUUUUAUUCCAGUAAAAAGCCAUAUUCUUUUCUAGUCGAAAACCUCCUUAUUUUAUUUGUGUGAUAAAACUGUUAAGGCAGGGUUUCUUAUUUCUUUGUUGAAAUGAUAGUCUUGCAGUCUGUAAAGUUGUAUGUUUGUUUUGCUCCCAGAUAAUGUGAAUUAUGUAGUCUUGAUGUUGAUAAUAAUGGACCAAAUAUUCAUCUGUUUGUAAUUUUAUAGUGGAUAGAUUUUUAAAGACCAUCUAGGAUGCCAGGGAAACCUUGUGAUUCACACAUCAAAACUUAGCUUACAUUAAUUAAUUGGCACCCACAAGAAAGAUUUGUCAGUGUGGAAGAGAUAUAUUGCCCCAAGGCAGCUCUGUAGUAUAUUAACACACACACACACACACACACACACACACACACACACACACACACACACACACACACACACACACACACACACACACACACACACACACACUUACAGAUACAGCAACACAUGCAUUUCUAUGUUUGGAAUGUAAUGUACAAUACAAAAACUAUAGAAGCCUGAAAAUGAAUUAGUUCACCAUCAUCUCUAUAUAGUUAUGUAUAUGAACUUUCCAUUUCAGUACAUUCAACAGAACAAAACAAUCUGUAGAGAUCAAUUUUUAGAAAAUGUAAUAUGUACAUUUUUAAAGUUAAAUGUUCAUGUUAACUAAGUGUGAACCACUGUUUGGAGGUUGUUUAUAGAUUACUAAGAAUUGAAACAUACCCACUCAGCUUCUGCUUUUACAGGAGUUGAUUUUAAAAUAACAACAAUGUAGAAGAUUCUUUACAUGCAGUUAUUAAUCACAAUUUUGAGAAUUCAGCCUCUAGACUAUGAAAUGUCUCAGUUUUCAAAUCCUUAGUUGCACGGAAUAUUGAAUUGCUAACUUUUAGAUCUUUAGAUGAGACUGAUAAGAUGUUAAUGCAAAUCAUGUAUAUUACAUAGACAGAUAAUGAAGACAUGCUAUUUAUUACGAAUCUUGUGCUAUAUUAUUGGAUGACAUGGUAUACAUUACAUGCACAACUUUUAAUCAUGAUACAUAUUAAUGCUGCACAAAAUCAGGGGAAGUAAGGAAGGAAAUGUAUAAUGUCAACAUUAUGUGUUAUGUGUACCUAUGACCAGAGCACAUGCAAUACAGUUCCUUAAGACUGUAAUGUCAGGAUUCAUUUCAUGUAUUUUCACACCAUUCUCAUUGUAGCAUUUCAUGAGUAUUAUUAAGCCCAUUGUAGCAAAUGCCAUUUCACUUGUAAGUACUGCCAUCUUGUGCUGACGUGCUGCUGCAAUCCAUAUGGUGAGCUACUCUGCUCACCUGCUGACAUCACAUUGUGUUCCAUCAGGUAUGUUAUUUAAUGCUGACCACAACCACAACUAAACUGCUUUUUAACCUACAGUUGAUAAUGGUUUAUAGCUGCUUUCUUGUAUCACUAUUUAUAUGGCGCACAAUGAUUUGUAACAGUUGUUUUAUGGUAUUUAGUAAUAGUGUAAAUCAUUGGAAGUACUUAUUGUUACUAGUAUAUGUGUGUGGCUAGUAUAAAAAACACUGCUUACUAACAAAUUUCUCUCUCUCUCUCUCUCUCUCUCUCUCUCUCUCUCUCUCUCUCUCUCUCUCUCUCUCUCUCUCUCUCUCUCUCUCUCUCUCUCUCUCAAAAUAAACCUGUAUCAUUUGAAAGUUAUUGUGCAUUGUUCUGUUGUGUAGGAAAUAACAUGAUUGGUGAGAGUACAGUUUGAUAUAACCAGGUUUGUUUAACCCAGGCUGACCUUAUGGAGCUUGUUAAUUUGUGACAAUAACCUGGGAUGCUUUAACCUUCUAGUCUGGGUAAACAGUUUAAACAGUGGUAAUGCAGCCUGGAGGAGGCAAGGUCAGCAAUGUAGAUGAGAGAUUAGAUUUGGCACUACCCGCUGACACUACAACUGUUCGGGUCACGAGUGAAAUGUUGUCAGCUCAGAUUCACUUAUAGAUUGACCCAUGAAUUUGGGCACACUAAUUAGUUUUUUUUUUUUUUUUUUUUUUUUUUUUUUUUUUUUUUUUUUUGUUAUGGGUGUGUUGUGUGAUUAGGAAAUACUUUAUUUUUAUUUAUUGAUUGAUUUUUCAAGGAACUAAACAUAUUUAUUUUUACUCCUAGGUUUAUACAUCAAGGGCAUUUUGUGUGCAAAGAUUGGUCACUGGAGUGUAGGAGUGGGAUUUUAUGGCCACUACCUCAGUGCUCUGUGAAACCAUAGUAUAAGAUCCUCGUACUAGAAGAAACUGGAUUAUGCAAGUUUCUAUGAUUUCUUAGUUCAAAUUUUGUGUAAUCUAGUGAUUUAUUUAGGGCUCAAAGUCAUCCACAUAAGCAUCCACAUAAGCAUAAUUGAAAGCAAGGCAAGAAUGUGCUGUGAAAUGACUACCAGCACUAGAGCAGCCAAAUGCCUUAUAAAAAAUAUCUCAGAACUUACUGUUGCUGUCUAUGAUGGAUUUGUCUAGAACAUUUCAAGGCAAAGAUCAUAGCAUUAAUGUACAAGUAAGCUGUUGUGUGUAAGAUGACUAGCUAAGGAUCACUUCUAGUCAGAUGUUGAAGAAAAUAACUUAUUGCUUGCCAUUGUAUCAUUGUGAUAUGUAUUCAUGACGUACAUACUUUUUCACCUUGUCUUCUGGCAGACAUUACUGUUUGGGAAAGGAAAUAUAGAGUGAUGUUGCCAUGAUUCACACAACCCCCACACACUACUCUGUCCAGUAUCUUCAGGAUCGUUACCAAAAUGAAGGAAUGUAUAUAUUCACUAAUUGAACUCUCUUAUUAUUUGAUGCUGGCCAGGACAGAUUUUUAAUUUGCAAUAAAAAUUGAGGGAGGUUUAUUGAACGAGCCUUAGGAAGAAACAAAUGUACAUAAUUUAUAUGUAUUAUUUUUGCAUAACUGAUAGACAUUUAUCAUUAAUAAAUUUCAUAUGGUAUA